CAAACUCCUCACCCCUCUCUACCACCUAGCCACCAGAAGUGCGGCCUUUGACGCGUCUCAACGCGUCCGGCAACACUAUGGCGCGUAAAGGCCCUGGUACAGAUGGCCCUCUACAGACAGCCCUACUGGAAUCCACGUCCGCAGCCACGACAAGAGCUUCUGAAGGACAGAAGAUCUUCAGCCCUAUAGCUGCAUUCCUCGAUAAACACCGCAGCCAAACCACCGGCCUGGCCCCUCACCUACUGAGAGCCCUCACCGCUCUAAGCGAUGACCUCGCCUCAGUAGCCCAACGACAUUUUAGCGCCUAUAUCAGCGGUCUUGAACAGUCGACUUAUGCGACUAUUACCCAAUAUGCCCCGGUCAAAUCAACUCCUACUACUCACUCCAAAGCCCAUGUUAAAAAGCCUAUGCCUCUGGUGAAACAACCCCUUCCUGACAACCGGCUCUUCGUACGCCUCCCAGCUGACCAUGCAGCUAGAAAAAUGGAAGCCUACGCUAUCUACUCUAGCCUACGGUCUCAACUAAACUCAAACAGUUCAGCACUAAAAGAAGUUCAAGCCACAAAGACUGGUUUUGCACUAUGUCCCUCAUCCCCAGAAGCCCUCCUAACCCUUGAGGCCCAAAAAGAGAUUAUCUCUGCAUUCUUUGUGAACUGCCAGAUAGAACGCAGCUCCCGAUGGGUCUCGUACCGAGUCACCAAUGUGCCAAGGAAAGUUGGCCAAAUCUUGGACGGUCAAUACUCUCUAAUCCCUGUCAAUCCUACACUACUAUCCUCAGAAAUCAGUGAAACUACAAGACUCAAGCCUAUAUCUAUCAGCGAGACCGCUACAAGUGCCGCCAACCCUGAUACUCUUUCCUCAAGCUGGUUUGUCAACUUCCCAGAAGGCACGAAAUUACCACUGCCUAUCCAGCUACGCCUUUUUGGCACUAUUACCAAUGCUCGUCACCUCUCUAAGAGAACAACAGUUAUCCAAUGCACACGAUGCUGGAAAUGGCAUAAUGCACGAUCCUGUGCCCGCCCCUCUCGAUGCCGGCUCUGCGGCUCCUCAGAGCAUACUGAACAGGGACAUGUUAACCGCUGCACAGCCCUGGAGCCUCAUCAGUGCCCUCCCAGAUGCAUACACUGCCAUGGACCACAUCCUGCUGAUUUCCCAGAAUGCCUCCUGCGCCCUAAAGGCAACUCUAAACAUACUAAAGCUCAACAAGCAGAGAUCCGGAAAUCCUGUGCUAUUAACCUCGCAAAAGCUCGAACUGAAGGAGGAUGUAGCACUCAGCUCUCCAUUGGCACACAAGAAACACCUAUGGCACUAGACGAGAUGCCAACUCAGCCUCCAACCCAUGAGAUUAUCUCUCCUUUCCGUUCAGUAACCCCUCCACCUCGCGCCCCAACAGAAGAUCCCCCAAUUACAGCUCGCGCAGUCCGCUUUACUACCCCUCAAUCACAAAAUCGGUUCGCCUCUCUUCUCGAACGGGAACUAUGA